AUGACAGGGAGGAAUGGUGGAGAGCGGGACCCUCUGCUCCAACAUGGGAGGGAAGCCUCGGCUAGCAAAGAGGAGGAGUCCUUCACCUACGACGUGUUCCUGCUGUGUAUUAUCACAGCGCUCCUUUUCGCCGACCAGAACUUAAUGGCGCCGAAUCUGACUCAGAUAGCGAGAGAUUUUGGAUUCUCAGAUGAAGAAAGGGACACGAAACUUGGAGGAGAGAUUGCCCUGGGGUUCUUCGUGCUCGGGGGUCCCGUAGCGCUGGCCAUUGGCUACCUUGCUGAUAUGAUGCCGAGGAAGAUGCUGUUCGUGACUGUCGUGUUUCUGGGCGAGAUUCCGUGUUUGCUCACGAUCUUCGUGACGGAGUACUGGCAGCUGUUCAUCCUCCGAGCGAUGACAGGCAUCGCGAUAGGAGGUGCCCCUCCUCUCAUCUUUAGCCUCCUCGGCGACAUGUACGGCAUUAAGAGCAGAACUCAUCUGUCAGCAUCGAUCAUGGCAGUAGCGGCAGUCGGAGUUUCUUUGGGCCAGCUUGUUAGUGGGCUUGUGGGCCCGACGUACGGCUGGAGGACGCCGUUCCUGAUCAUCGCUGUCCCUGCUAUCCUGCUGAACUUUCUCUUCUGGUUCACAUUUGUUGAGCCGAGGAGAGGGUACGCAGACCUGAAGCAGAUGGGCCCUUCCAGCGAGAUCACCGAGUACGAGGAGAGGAUCUCAUGGGGCAAGGCGAUCGGGAUCUUUACGGUCCCUACCAACAUCAUCAUCUUCUUACAGGGAAUCCCAGGCUGUUUGCCGUGGGCAGUGACCAUCACGUUUCUCAACGACUACCUGGCACAGGAGAAGAAGAUGACUGUCGAGCACAGCACUAUCGUCGUGACCUGCUACAACCUUGGGAUCCUUGGAGGGGUCAUCUUCGGCGGGGUCGUUGGCCAGCUCAUCUACAACAUCAAGACUUCCUUCAUCGCCAUCCUGAUGGGAGUGACCACUUUCCUAGGGAUCUUUCCUCUCCUCUGGCUCAUCUAUCUUCCUGUACCCACACCACCAUUGCUGGAGAUCAUUGCCGUCGCUCUUAUUGGCGGCCUGUUCACUGGCGUGACAGGGCCUUGCAUACGAGCUGUGCUGCUGAAUGUGAACAUGCCGGAGACGCGAGGGUCAGCUCAGGCGCUCCUCACGCUGACAGACGACCUUGGGAAAGGGUUGGGCCCUCUCUUCAUGGCGUUGUUGAUCAUCGGGCUUCACGGCAGGCUGGUGGCCAUGUCCAUCGCUGUGUUCUUUGGAUGGCUGCUGUGCAGUAUCUUGCUCUGCACCCUCUUCUUCACCAUCGAGGCAGACCAGGUGAAAUGA